AUGCGUUGCUACAUUCAAUGUGCAUGUAAAUUGGUGUAGGUUAAAAAUUCAAUGUCUGUGUGGAAAAAAAAUAUUGUGGUGUACCUUAGUGAAUGCAUGCGCUAAAAAUCUGUGGCAAAGAUAGGGUGGACGGAAUCUUCUAUAGAGUGUAGGCACCCACAACUAUAAAUUUUGAAUUACUGAACUGCCAAUCGAGAUUUAAGCAUGGUACAUCUGGAAGGGAAAGGAAACUGCACUGCACCGUUCAUCGUGCGUAACGUUGUCUGUUAAGACACACAUACACCUGUGAUUCAGACCGCGAAAAUGUGGCCUCGUCGGCGAUUUUAUUCUGCAUUGGGUUUAGAUCGGUUUUCGGCGAUUAGCUAUAAUUAGCACGCAGAUUCUUUUGUUCUAGAAUAUAAUUUAAAUGGCGCUGAAGGUCGGCAGAAGCCGGAAUGGGGAGGGGAAAGAGGGCAUGGGAUUUUUUAUCAGGAACGGGAAUCGAACUCUGUACCUGGUUUUGGCUGUUGGGAUUUUCUGCAGCAUCGGAGUAAGGGCGAAUCAAGAUGAAUUGGUGGCAAAGAAUUCAUCCAGCGUUCCUGGCUCAAAGGAGGACAGCUUUGCAGAUAUUAUUGACAGGGCACUUGAAAUUGAGUUUGCAGACAAGGAUCAGCCAGAUGGACCUGAUGUUAGCAACUUUAACAACAGUGUGGCUGAUCAACAGGCUGUGCUUGAGACUGUUGCCAGAGUCACUCACGAGAAGUCUAAGAAAAAUGACACGCUAGAGAAAAAUGGAACAUCUAGGUCUUUCCAACUUCAUGAUGUCUUCAACUUGGACAAUGAGAAUGGAGCAGAAGAUACACCAAUGUUAAUAGAUAGAAAGGAUAAUAUAUUUAUAAUGUCCAAUCCAAAAUCAAAGUAUCCAGUCCUACAGUUGGACCUCAGGCUCAUUUCAGAUUUAGUGGUGGUGAUUGUCUCUGCAGCAGUUGGUGGAAUUACCUUUGCUUGGUUUGGACAGCCGGUUAUUACAGGGUACUUACUUGCCGGGUCUGUUAUUGGACCAGGUGGUUUGAGCUUUGUAAGUGAAAUGGUACAGGUGGAGACAUUCGCUCAAUUUGGUGUUGUCUUUCUUCUUUUUGCCUUGGGUCUUGAUUUUUCUUCAACAAAGCUUCGAGUUGUUCGAGCUGUUGCCGUUUUAGGGGGUUUGCUCCAGAUCUUCCUUUUCAUGUGUUUGUGUGGCAUUACUGCUGUGGUAUGCGGUGCAAAUUCUUCAGAGGGAAUGUUUGUUGGCACCUUCCUAUCAAUGUCAUCCACAGCUGUGGUCCUAAAGUUUUUGAUGGAGCAAAAUACUAUUAAUUCGCCCUAUGGUCAAGUUACAAUUGGAACUCUAAUUCUUCAAGAUUGUGCAGUUGGACUAUUAUUUGCUUUACUUCCUAUUUUGGGUGGCAAUGGAAUUUUGCAAGGGAUAAUGUCCAUGACAAAAUCGCUGGUUAUGCUGUCCUUAUUUUUUGCUGCUGCAAAAAUAUUAUCUCGGUCUUUUGUACCACGCCUUUUGAAGCUUAUGAUGAGACUCUCUUCACAGACAAAUGAACUUUACCAGCUGGCUUCAGUUGCAUUCUGCUUGCUAGUUGCUUGGUGCAGUGACAAAUUAGGUCUGAGCCUUGAACUAGGAUCAUUUGCAGCUGGAGUAAUGAUAUCAACAACUGACUUGGCACAACAUACUCUUGAACAAGUAGAACCCAUUCGGAAUCUAUUUGCAGCUUUAUUCCUUGCUAGCAUUGGGAUGCUAAUCAAUGUACAGUUUCUAUGGAACCAUGCUGACAUUUUGAUAGCAUCAGUGAUUUCAGUUAUUGUCAUUAAAACUCUUGUGAUCGGUCUUGUUGUCAGAGGCUUUGGCUACAGCAUCAAGACAUCUUUCCUUGUUGGCAUGUCUCUGGCCCAGAUUGGGGAAUUUGCAUUUGUCCUCUUGAGCCGUGCUUCCAAUCUUCGUCUUAUUGAUGGAAAUUUAUAUCUUCUGCUCCUGGGGACAACAGCUCUUAGUCUGGUGACUACCCCGCUGCUUUUUAGAAUGAUACCUGCAAUUGUGCACCUGGGAGUUCUUGCACGUUGGUUCUCUCCUGAUAUUAGUGCUGAGGUGAACUUCAAAGGCGAAAAGGCUCUUAUGCUGGAAGUACAUGGUGGGAUUUUAUGACAAUCUAAGUUUAUCAGAAAUGAUUAACAAGUCCAUGUACUGAAGGAGGCAAUUUGUAUGUUGCACCGAGUACAAAUACCUUUCAUUCUGUAUCAUGUGGAAGUAUGGUAUCGUGAAAGUGCAGGCAGUGAAGGGUGAUUGAAAUUCUGCAUUAUUGGCACUUCAAUGUAAUAUAUUCAUUAGAAUCGGAGCCUUUAUGGGCAGCCUUGCAGAAAUUCAGAGUAGAAAGCUGAUUGUAUGCUUUCUGAUUUAAAUUCUAUGAUUUCUAUCGUUGAGAGGCUUCUGUCCUGCAACAUAGGAUCCAAAAAUUCGAGUGAUUUCUGUUGCAUGCAUUUUUCCCAGUCAAGUGUUCUUGUGUGCAAUUUAUUUCUAAAUUCCCAACGGCUGCAACUUGCUUUGCUGAUUGGGCGAUAAGAGCUACAUUAAUAGUUAUCGACCCACGAUUGCAAAGUUCAAGCUAGCAUGCUCCUUUUAUCUAUACGGCAAGAAACUAGUAAAUGUUUCUUGUUAUACAGGCAAAUCUAUUUGGUACCACACAAAUGUGGUUGUCAUUGGGAAAUAACAUCAUUCAUUGUAAAUUUAACCAGGUUUGAAAUUGAUCAAAUUCUUUCUUUC